UGGGUCUUCCCAUUCCCUGGAGAUUGGCCUCACUUGCUCUUCUGGAAUUAGCUCUUUGUUCUCUGACUCCGGUCACCACCUUGUUUGUCUGCAGAGGGGUUCUGGCCAGGACCUGGGGUGUCAUGGAGCAGUGCAGCCUUGGGGAGGAAGGAGCACUCCCAGCAGAAGGACAGCUUCUUUCUUUCUCAGAAAGCCAAGGGCUCAACUGCAGUGACACGCUCAACCGGGACCUGGGCCCCAGCAUGCGAGACCUACUAUACACGGGCCUGAGCGGUUUGGACCAGGACCCCAGUCUCCCAACACCUGACAUGCCCAGCAAGGUGCUAGAGGACAACUUAGACAAUCUGUCCCUGUACUCGGGGAAGGACACUGACUCUGUGAAGCUGCUGGAGGAGUAUGCAGAUUCAGAGUCCCAGACUUCCUUACAAGACCUGGGGCUUGGUGCACUCAAGGUACCUAAAGAGGCUGAUGAAGGAGGCAGGGCCACCUCGGGGAGCACGAGAAAAGGCAAGCGGCAGCACAGCUCCCCUCAGAACCCACUUCUGGACUGCAGCCUGUGCGGGAAGGUGUUCAGCAGCGCCAGCUCUCUCAGCAAGCACUACCUGACCCACAGCCAGGAGAGGAAGCAUGUCUGCAAAGUCUGCAGCAAGGCCUUUAAGCGUCAGGACCACCUGACAGGGCACAUGCUCACCCACCAGAAGACAAAGCCCUUUAUGUGCAUCGAGCAGGGCUGCGGCAAGAGCUACUGCGACUACCGCUCACUGCGCCGGCACUAUGAGGUCCAGCAUGGGGUGUGCAUCUUGAAGGAGGCCCCACAGGAAGAGGAGGCCUAUGGGGAUACCCCUUAUACCCAUGAUCCAGCCAGCCAGCCUUUGCCCAGUAGCCUACGGUCCUUGGGCCCCUCAGAAGUCAGGUCCCCUGGCCCUGUCUUGCCUAACCGAGACCUCCUGUGCUGUAUCGUGAGCAGCAUUGUCCACCAGAAGAUUCCAUCUCCCAGCCCAGCCACAGGGCCUUCGGAGGGUGAAGGCAGAAACAUGGCCUGUCCCUGCCCCAGCUCACUAGGGUCAUCCUCUUGCAUGCUGGCCAGCACCCCAGCAGCCCCAGGAACCUUGGGCUCUGAGGUUUCUGAGGAGUCGUGCCCCCCACAGAAGGAACCUGCCACCGAAGCGUUUACAGCUGGCCAGUCAAGGGCAGCUGAGAACGGAGCCUCUGACACACCUGAAUCGGAGUCAGAGUCUCCUCGGCUUCAACGCCCAUCAUCCCUGGAGGGCUGGCCGGAGGGUGGCUCCCUGUCUGCCUGCCUGCCUCUCUUACGAGGCCACUCAGUCUCCUCUGGUUCCCUGCCAUCCAGCCACAGCUUCCAGUGGCUUAGGAACCUGCCUGGCUGUGCUAAGAACAAAAGCAAUGGUGUGUUUGUGGUCCAUAAGCCCUCUGCAGCACCAUCUCAGGAUGGCUCAGAAAGUGGCCCUGGGCCCAACAGUACUCCAGCCAUGGCAGAGCCUUCACCGGGCAUGGCUAUCAGCCAGGAGGAUCCACCAUCUUUCCCUCCCACACUCCUGAAGUCCACCAGUGAGGUCUCCAGUGAAGCCCAGCAAGCGACUGUAGAGGAUGACCACUGGGCUCCCAAGAAGAGCAGGCCUGACUGUGAGCCCUUCCCGUGGCAGAGCUCUGGGGACCCUGGACCCCAGGACACCCAGAACCCAGGUGGGCUACCUGCAGAUGCCACACCGCUCUUCCGGAAGUUGUUGAUGAAGUCACAGGAGUCUCUGGUGGGCCAUGAGCCACUGCAGGUGUUUCAGAUGAUUGCCAAGUCUCAGCGCAUCUUCUCCCACACCCAAGUGGCAGCAGCCUCUGCCCAGCGUCCAGGACCCGAGGGCAAGCAUGCAGCCCUGAAACCACUGCAGGGGCCGUGGCCACCACAGCCCCCACCACCAGCACCCACCGUAGACUCUCUCCAUGUGGGCUCUGGACAUUCAGAGCCAGAGGGGUCCCCAGUCCGCAGGAGAAAAACUAUGCCUGCAGUGCCUAGAGAGGCCUCCCCUGGCAGCUCCAGGAGAGACACAAAAGGAGGUCCCAAAGUGGCUUCUGUGCCACUGUCCCUCACAGGGCCAUCUCUGAACGCUUCCCGGAAUCUAGACAUCCCUUCUCUGGCCAAGCAGUUACGGUCUUCCAAAGGGACCUUAGAGUUGGGGGAUGUCCUCCCCAUCACAGGCCCACGGCAGUCCCAGUUGAGUGGAGAUGAGCCAUCUGGAGUCCAGCUGGUUGGGAAACAGACGCAAGCUGAGACUGGCCCAGCUUCAGGGGCCACGAGAGGUGAGAAGGGCCCAGGCUGCCCCCGGGGCGGAGGCUAUAGGCUUUUCUCAGGCCACCCCAGAGCCCAGCGAUUCUCUGGCUUCCGGAAGGAGAAGGUGAAGAUGGAUGUGUGCUGUGCCGCUUCCCCCAGCCAGGUGGCCAUGGCCUCCUUCUCAUCAGCGGGGCCUCCUGCAGACCCUGCCCGAGAUAUGAAGUCCAAGCUGACCAUAUUCAAUAGAAUCCAGGGUGGAAAUAUCUACAGGCUUCCCCAUCCAGUGAAAGAAGAGAGCACCAUGGGCACAUGCCACAGUCAGCAGCUAAAUGGGGGUCCCACUGACUGGACUGAAUCCAGGAGCAUUUACAUCUGCAAGAACUGCAGCCAGAUGUUUUACACUGAGAAAGGGCUGAGCAGCCAUAUGUGUUUCCACAGCGACCAGUGGCUGUCACCUCGGGGGAAGCAGGAGCAGCAGGUAUUUGGCACAGAGUUUUGCAAACCCUCGAGACAGGCACUGAGGCCCAACGGGGACAGGCAGAGUCCCCCAGGAGCCAAGAAGUCCUUGGACAGCAAAGCCACAGCCUCUGUGGUGAUUCCCGUGCCGGUCCCUGUGGCUCAGGCUGCCCGCCCCCUGGGGAGCAUGGCCAAGGGACCAGAGAAGGAUGAGGAAGAGAGAGAGAGCAAGGAGAGCCAACAUCGGAAGCGGAAGAAGCGCCCCCAGCCCAAGGCCUUGUUUUCCCCUCCUCCGCCCUCUGCCCUGGGGGAGCUGGGCCCCAGUGGGUAUCACCAGAGCUGCUUGCGGUCUCCCAUGUUCCUGGUGGACCACCUUUUGAAGGGCUUGUUCCAGUGCUCCCCUUUCACGCCGCCACCCAUGCUGAGCCCUAUCCGGGAGGGCUCUGGGCUGUACUUCAACACCCUCUGUUCCAAGUCCCGGGCCGGGCCCCAUCUCAUCAGCUCUGCACUUGAUCGAGUGGAUGGCUCCUUUGGCAUCUGUCUGGUGAAGGACGACACUAAGAUCAGCAUUGAACCACACAUCAACGUAGGAAGCCGCUUUCAAGCUGAGAUCCCGGACCUGCAAGAGAGGCCGGUGGUCAGAAUUGACGAGCAUGUGGCUUCUCUCGUCUGGAAGCCGUGGGGAGACGUGAUGACCAACCCCGAGACACAGGACAGAGUGACAGAGCUCUGCAACGUGGCAUGCUCCAGUGUGAUGCCAGGAGGGGGCACCAACCUGGAGCUCGCCCUGCACUGCCUGCAUGAAGCUCAGGGCAGUGUUCAGGUUGCCCUGGAAACUCUCUUACUCAGAGGACCCCAGAAGCCACAGACUCACCCUCUGGCUGACUACCGCUACACAGGUUCGGAUAUCUGGACCCCCAUGGAGAAGAGGCUCUUUAAGAAGGCAUUCUGUGCCCACAAGAAGGACUUUUACCUGAUACACAAAACGAUCCAGACCAAGAGUGUAGCACAGUGUGUCGAAUAUUAUUACAUCUGGAAAAAGAUGAUCAAGUUUGACUGCGGCAGAGUGCCAGGGCUGGAGAAGAGGGUCAGGAGAAAGCUGGAUGAGGUAGAGAGGACAGAAGAAAAGGUCACUUGCAGCCCUCGGGAAAGGCCCAGCUACCGUCCGACUCCUGAGUUAAAGUUAAAGACCAAGAGUUACAGGAGGGAGUCAAUCCUCAACUCCAGCCCAAGCGCUGCCCCCAAGCGCACUCCAGAACCCCCAGGGAGUGUGGAGAGCCAGGGUGUUUUUCCAUGCCGAGAGUGUGAGAGGGUGUUCGACAAGAUCAAGAGUCGCAAUGCCCACAUGAAGCGCCACCGCCUUCAGGAGCACGUGGAGCCCAUCAGGGUGAAGUGGCCUGUGAAGCCCUACCGACUAAAGGAGGAGGAAGACGAGGAAGAGGAGGAGCUGGGGGCUGACAUGGGUCCUCUGCAAUGGUGACUCCCUGCAGCCAGUUAAUCUGCAUGGGGAAGAGGGACCUCCAGCCUUGUGUCUUCUCCUUGGGCCUCCCAGGAGGUGUGGGAGCACCCCUCUGGGCCCUACCCUUUCUGUCCCCCACUGGCUAGCUUCACUAGCAAACUUAUGGACAUUUGGCCACAAAUGGGCAGAGAAGCUGUCGUGGAACGGCUCUGAAGUCUCUGUUGGCUGGCCAGAAGCUCCGUUCUCUCCUGUUGAAUGGUCUUCCUUUCAGUCCCCUGGAGCAGGGAGGUCUGGAUGGCCACGGGUGGGAUUAUACAUUGCUGGAGGAGACUACGGUACUGGGAAUCAAUGGGAAGUCCUUGACACAGCCGACAUUCCCAGGCAGGACUUCCCUGCAUUCCCUUCUGUCCCUAGCCUUGC